CACCUCCACGCGCGACACUCCGCUGAAUCAGCCGCUCAAACCUCGGGACAAGACGCUUUUAACACUGUGAUUCAAGAUGAACAUAGCCCUGGUAACCCUCUUAUUCAUCGCAGUGACCAUAACAAGUACUUCGGCAACAUCUAUCCCGGUCUGCGCGGCGGUCACGUGCAAUCCGGACACUUGUCCAAGGUGGCAGUGCCCCUGUGGAACCUACAAGGACACCUGCGGUUGCUGUGACAUCUGCUACAAGUGUCCCGGCGCCGAGUGCAAUCUGUGGAUCCUCGACGUUUGCACCAACGACCACGAAUGUGUCCUGCAAGACCCGGCCGAGCCGUUCGAAGUCGGCGGAGUGGGACACUGCAAACCCAUCAACGCCACUGAUGCCUCACACGCGUCUUAAUAGUGUGCAUUUUGUCUCAAUAUGUUUCCUAAAUACAAAAAUAAGGAUAUUAUCAACAGGACGCCUAUGUGAUCCGACAGGAUGACAUGUUACCGUUCGUUUCAUAGUUACUUACAGACCGCACAGACGGGACGUCACGAAAAUGCAGUGGCACUACCAUCACUUUCCAUGCAUAUCAAAGUACAUUUUCGAAAAACUCAUCAAGUAUCUGUUGUGUCACUGAAGACAAUGUUAAUUCAAAACGAUAUUAGGACUUGGAGGCAAGAUCUCGAAUCUCUGACGAAUGUUCAUGUCCAAAACGAUGGACAGUAAGAAAGAAGCUGCGUAGAAAUGCUAGGAGAGGAAGAGAGGGUAAGGCAUGGAGGUUAUUGUGUCUAUAAAAUUAACAUAUUUAGUGUAGGCUGGCAACCCUGUGAUGGGCUAAGGGGAUGAAGGGGAUAAAAGGUGACUGAAGAAGACACGACCUAAAAUAAAACAAAAACAGCAAAAUGCCUUCAC